AUGCCAAAACCAGAUACAAGAGACUUCGAAGAGAGAUAUUCCUCUUGUUUCCUCGAUUUGGGUGUUAAAACCGUUGCAGGCCUCCUAAUUGGUAGUAUGUUGGGCAGUUUCUUCCUUCAUGGCUAUAAGAAAUGGCCAAUGUAUAUAGGAGGUGGGCUCGGCGUGGGGAUGGCUUAUAAAAAUUGCGAAAAUAGCUUAAACAAUUUCCUCCUUUCAAUGGAUCCAAAGGCUUGUGUAAUCAAGUAA